CUUCCCACAUUUCCACCGUCCCCUCUGUCUCUCUCUCUCUCGCGUUCCCGUCCUCGAUACUGCUCCGGCCCUUCGCUCCCCGCCGCAGGACGAUGCUUCCGGCGACGCUCCGAUCAUCGCCUCCGGCGAGCCCCUAGCGGAAGCUCCGGCUCCGGCUCCAGAUCUCUUCCCCCCGUCGCCGCCGCCGCCGCCGUUCGCGUUUAGCCCCGCAUGAGGGCGCGAUGGACGCGCAUCAAGCGGCGAUGAACAAGAAGAAGGUCCCCGAUUGGCUCAACAGCUCGCUUUGGAUCUCGGCCCCGCCGCCGCCCGCCGACGAUCGCCCCCAGCGCCCCGCGCCCGAUCCCCUCGCGGCCCCCGCCGAGCCGCUGACCCGGCCGCCGGUGCCCGUGCCGCCCCCGUCGGCCGCCAGGCGGGAGCAGCCUCCGCCUCCGUCGCCGCCGGAGCCCGAGGUUGAGGAGCCGAGGGAUGGGGACGGCGGCGAGAGCCGGGAACCCGGUCGUCCGUCGGCGGAGGAGAUGUCCAGACAGUCGCAGCUCUUGGCCGAGCUGUCGAGAAAGGUUGUAGAUAUGCGGGAGUUGAGGAAGAUUGCCUCUCAGGGCAUACCGGACGGUCCGGGAAUUCGUUCCACUGUGUGGAAGCUUUUGCUGGGAUAUCUGCCGGCUGAUCGUGGGCUUUGGUCUUCUGAGCUGGCAAAGAAAAGAUCUCAGUACAAGAAUUUUAAGGGAGAGCUCUUAAUGAAUCCUUCAGAAAUCACAAGGAGGUUGGAAGACUGCACAACUUGUGACAGUGAGUUACGGUCAGACACCAGUGGGAUGCUCUCAAGAUCAGAUAUAACUCACGGAGAGCAUCCAUUGAGUCUUGGAAAUACCAGUAUAUGGAAUAAGUUCUUUCAGGAUACAGAGAUCAUUGAACAGAUUGACAGAGAUGUGAAACGGACUCAUCCAGACAUGCACUUUUUCUGUGGGGACUCGUCAUAUGCAGAAUCUAAUCAGGAAGCUUUGAAGACAAUUUUAAUUGUAUAUGCAAAGCUCAAUCCUGGCGUAAGAUAUGUCCAAGGGAUGAAUGAAAUUGUGGCCCCUCUAUUUUAUGUGUUCAGAAAUGAUCCUGAUGAAGAGAAUGCGGCUUCUGCUGAAGCGGAUGCUUUCUUUUGCUUUGUUGAGUUGUUGAGUGGAUUUCGGGAUAACUUUUGUCAACAAUUGGACAACAGUGUUGUGGGAAUCCGGUCAACAAUAUCCAGGUUGUCGCAGCUUUUGAAGGAGUAUGAUGAAGAGCUUUGGCGUCAUCUUGAGAUUACAACCAAAGUCAAUCCCCAGUUUUAUGCGUUCCGAUGGAUUACUCUCCUCUUGACCCAGGAGUUUAAUUUUGCAGACAGCCUUCAGAUUUGGGACACACUUCUAAGUGACCCUGAUGGUCCUCAGGAAACUUUGCUCCGAGUAUGUUGCGCUAUGCUGAUUCUUGUUCGGAGGCGCCUUCUAGCUGGUGAUUUCACUUCCAAUCUUCGGCUGCUCCAGAACUACCCUCCCACAAACAUCAGUCAUCUGCUGUACGUGGCCAACAAAUUGCGCGUCCGAGGAUCAAGUUGAUACAGCAGCCCUUGCUUUCCUUCUGCUUUCUCUCUCUUUCUUUUCCCUUUUGUUUCCUCGUCGAUCGAUGCUUCUAUGUUCGGGGAUGUAAAUGCUAUUGUCAUUGGCCAAGCGGAGAUGCUUAGCCAAUUUCAUUCUUUUUCUCUUUAUGAACUUGUAUCUAAUCUUCUCUUUGCCUCAAGUUAAUUUAGCUCUCUC